AUGAAACUCCGCGGAGUCGCGCGUGGCGGAAUAAGUGGCUUCACCAAGACUGGUAGACGGCAAAGAGGCAAUGCCGGUAUUCGGGGCCCACAAUCCGCUCUGACAGACUUCCUUGCUUCAAAUAAUAUCUCCGCCGCGCAAAUCCGGGAUGAUUAUGACCGCCGGGCCGCAGAGGCUGCGCGUCAGGCUGCCGAGGAAGAAGAACAAGCGGCAGACGCAGAUUACCAGGAUGAAGCCCCGCCAGAACCACAACCGGAGUCUCCCGAAGAGAAGUCCCGAAAGCGCAAACGACAACAAGCCAUCGAGAAAAUUAAAAAAAGCAAGGAAUUUGCCCGUCGGAAAGCUCGACGAACUGGGGAGCCCGACGAUGACGACGAUGUUUUGGCCGAUGAGAUGAUGAAUGAGAGGCAACGACCGAACCCAGGUCAGUUAGCAAAUUGUGAGGUCUGUGGGAAGCGUUUCACCGUCACGCCCUACAGCAAAACGGGCCCGGAUGGUGGCCUUCUGUGCGCCGAUUGCUCUAAAAAGCAGACCGAUGGGGGCAAGAAAGGACCAGCGAAGAAACGAAACUCAGGACUCGGUCGGCGUCAAAACCAAAGCAAGCUUCUGGAUGGAUUUGCUAUUCCGGGUGCUCGAAGCUUGCUAGAGACGUGCAUCAAAAAAGUUGCUGACAAUAUUGAUGACGUGGACGAAUUUGGAGACCUCCCUCCACCCGUGAUGCAUCGGCUUAGCCAGAUUUUAUCCCGGAAUCGUGCUGUGACGCCAAAGACUUUAGAUCUUUUCUUGCGGCCUGAGCACAGAGAGUUGAAUAUCUAUGACUGCGCUAAGUUACAAACCGAUGACUUCCAUAAGAUCCUAGCUACUAUGCCGACUUUGACUCGACUGAAUCUUCGAUUCGUUACCGCCAUGAAAGACCAAGUGUUCGAAUACAUGAUUGCUCGUGAGAUGAAGAUUCAAGAUCUACAUCUGAAUUCGCCAAAUCUCGUAAGCGACGGUUGCUGGCGCCAGUUAUUCACUACAAUCGGCCCUCAGCUACAAAGCCUCAAGCUGUGGAACCUCGAUUCUGCCUUUGAUGACGAAACAGCUGAAGUGAUGAGCAAGAAUUGUACCCUUCUUCAGCGUUUGAAGUUGAAAUAUCUCGAUAAGAUCGGUGACAAGACAGUUGAAGCAAUAUCGACCAUGAAGACUAUACAUCACCUCUCGCUGCAUCUCACACAGGAAACCAAUCCCGAGCCUCUUCUUCAGGUGAUUUCCCAAUUAGGGCCUAAUCUAUACUCGCUUUCCCUGGAAAACUUCCAGCUUGCGGAUGACAGGCUUGUCCAACACAUUCAUGACAACUGCCGAGAACUGUUUAAACUUCGCAUCUCCGAUAAUGCCGUUAUUACUGACAAGGCCAUGGCCGAGCUUUUCCGUGGCUGGCCUAAUCCAGCUUUGAAGUUUGUGGACUUCAGCGGUCUUCGAGACGUGGAUAUGUCUAACCCCGCUGGCCCUCCUGAGCCUGUUGGUCUUGCCUCCGAUGGAUUCGUCGCCUUGAUGGAGCAUUCGGGAUCGAAGCUUGAAAACUUGAAAAUUACAUCAUGUCGCCAUAUCUCGCACGCUGCAUACGAGGAAGUUUUCGCCGAAAACAAACGAUACCCCGCGCUUAAAUCUCUUGAUAUCGCCUUCAAUGCCCCUGUGGAUGACUAUAUUAUGCAGUGCAUUUUCCGAUGCUGCCCAGCUCUCACGAAAAUAGUCGUCUUUGGUUGCCUUAAGAUUCGAGACGUACGGGUGCCCAAGGGCGUGGCUGUUAUCGGCACGUUAGGUGCAAAGCUGACUGUCGAUGGAAUUGCCCAGAAAGAGAUUGUCUAA